ACAUCCGCUCGCCUCGCUAUCUGCUCUGGAAAAAGGACUCGGAGAAGCCGCGGCGAUGUCAGUCCAGGUUGUGGCAGCGAAAAUGGCAGAGGUCGACCUGAAAGACGCCCCCGCCGGGAAGGAGCCGUCCCCGCUGAGCCCGGCGGGCCCCGCGCCGGAGGAGAAGCUGCUGGCCGGAGCCGCGGUGGGGUCCCCCGGCAGAGCCGGGGACGCCAGCCCGGGCUUGCUCGCCCCAAACACGGCCAAGCUCCCGCAGGCGUCCGCGAUGAAGCGCUCCGACCCGCAGCAGAACGGCGGGGAGGCGUUUGUCAACCGCGACGGCACCGUGGCCGAAGCCCCGCGGAUGAAGAAGAUCCAGUUUGCGGAGCAGAAACAAGAGUUCAACAAGCGACCCUCCAAGAUCGGCCGGCGCUCUUUGUCCCGCUCCAUCUCCCAGUCUUCCACAGACAGCUACAGCUCAGCGGCAUCGUACACGGACAGCUCAGACGAUGAGACAUCCCCUCGCGACAAACAACAGAAAAACUCCAAAGGCAAUGGAGACUUCUGCAUCAAGAACAUCAAACAGGCCGACUUUGGACGCAGAGAGAUUGAGAUCGCUGAGCAGGAGAUGCCAGCGCUGAUGGCUCUGAGGAAGCGAGCCCAGGGGGAGAAACCCCUCGCUGGUGCCAAGGUGGUGGGCUGCACUCACAUCACUGCCCAGACUGCUGUGCUGAUGGAGACUCUGUCAGCGCUGGGGGCUCAGUGCAGAUGGGCAGCAUGCAACAUCUACUCCACUCAGAAUGAGGUGGCAGCUGCUCUGGCAGAGGGAGGUUUCAGUGUAUUUGCAUGGAAGGGCGAGUCGGAGGACGACUUCUGGUGGUGCAUCGACCGUUGUGUCAACGUUGAAGGCUGGCAACCCAACAUGAUCCUUGAUGAUGGUGGAGACCUGACUCACUGGAUUUAUAAAAAAUAUCCAAACAUGUUCAAGAAGAUCAAAGGCAUUGUGGAGGAGAGUGUUACUGGAGUGCACAGGUUGUACCAGCUGUCCAAAGCAGGGAAGCUGUGCGUUCCAGCCAUGAAUGUCAACGACUCGGUUACCAAGCAGAAGUUUGACAACCUCUACUGCUGCAGAGAAUCCAUCUUAGACGGCUUGAAGAGGACCACUGACGUCAUGUUUGGAGGCAAGCAGGUGGUGGUGUGUGGAUACGGAGAGGUUGGAAAAGGCUGCUGCGCUGCUCUCAAAGCGAUGGGCUCCAUCGUCUACGUCACAGAGAUCGACCCCAUCUGCGCUCUGCAGGCCUGCAUGGACGGCUUCAGGCUGGUGAAGCUCAACGAAGUCAUCAGACAAGUGGACAUCGUCAUCACCUGCACAGGCAACAAGAACGUGGUGGUGAGAGAGCACCUGGACCGCAUGAAGAACGGCUGCAUCGUGUGCAACAUGGGACACUCCAACACGGAGAUCGAUGUGGCGAGCCUGCGGACUCCUGAACUAACCUGGGAGAGAGUUCGCUCUCAGGUGGACCACGUCAUCUGGCCCGAUGGGAAGAGGAUAGUUCUGCUGGCAGAGGGUCGUCUGCUGAACCUCAGCUGUUCCACUGUGCCCACGUUUGUGCUCUCCAUCACUGCCACAACCCAGGCUCUCGCUCUGAUAGAGCUCUACAACGCCCCUGAGGGACGCUACAAGCAGGAUGUUUAUCUCCUGCCAAAGAAGAUGGAUGAGUACGUGGCCAGCUUACACCUCCCAACGUUCGAUGCACAUCUCACAGAGCUGAGUGACGAGCAGGCCAAGUACCUGGGCCUGAACAAGAACGGGCCCUUCAAGCCAAACUACUAUCGGUAUUAAACCAGUGUUGGGGGUAACGUGAGGAGAUCUCAGUACUCUAUGAAUCACCCAGGAGGAUGAAGAGGAGGACAGAAGGACAGAUGGAUAGACUAGUCAACACGCCUGCUUUAAAUCUGGGGGAGGAGGGGCGUGUCUUUCCCUAAUCAUGGCAGUCGUUUAAUUUAUUCACACUUUACCACAGUAAUAAUGAAAUAAUAAUAAUGAUCUUUGUGGAGCUGCUCCUGCCAUUUGCCACUAGCUAGCUCCUCUUCUCCUGGAAGGUGUUUCACCUUCCACUCGUCUUUUUCACCAUCAUCCUCUUAAGAUGCUCAUUUGUGUGUCGAGUUGUACGUAAAUCCUCCAUCCUUCACUUUACAUUGCCAGAUCUUUUAUUCUUUAUUUGUUAAAGUUGAAUUUACAGAUGCUGAAAAAAAUAUAUAUACUCUAUAAAAGAAAAAAAACUUGAUUUAAAAAAAAAAAAGAAAAGAAAAGAAAAAAUGUUCGAAUGCAGAUUUAAUGACGGACUAUUUUUUUCCAAUAUUUUUUUUUCUUUUUCGCUGUUGUCGCUGUCUUUUCUACCUGUGAUUUUUUUUUUUUUCUCUCUUUCUUUUUUUUUUCUCGUGUAAAAUUUUCAAGGGGGUGGGGCUAGAUUUAGUUGGAGGCUCUCACGGUCCAAUCAUGUUAAAUUUUAUUUGACUGCUAUCCACUUUUGUUUUUAAGCAUUUUUUUUCUAAACGAUGUCUUCUGUCUCUCGGGUUCAGUUUUCUUUCUUUUUCCUGUGAAAGCACGACUGGAAAGCAACUGCUUCUUCUCGCCUUCACUUGAACCCACAGUGAAACCAUCUCAUUGGUGGCUUCUCUCACGGCUUCCAGCUGCUCAAACAUGCCAGUGUUGAAGUAAUGAGAAGUAUUGAACCUUUGUUUUUAAUUUUUUUUAUUUGGUUUCCUCCUUUGACAAAGGUUGCUAUACUGUAUUAGAAGCAUGGCAGAUUGUCAAAUCAUUGCAAAGGUAUACUGUAUAUUUAGAUAUUUAUAUAGAAUUUAAGAUAUUUCUAUGGUUUUCUCUCCUGCACCAUUUAAUUUCUUUAGUUUUUUUUGACAAAAUGAAGAUGUCACACUGAUAAGCAAUUAAAUGUUCUUAUGAUCUGUGUAAUAAAUGUAUUCGAACCCUCAAUUUGAAUACUGUGACAGAAUAUUUACAGAACUUAGAGGAAGUUGUCGCCAGGCCAGUUCAGAAGAUGUAAUAUCAAAUCUUACGUUUUAUUUUCUCUCUCGUAUUCACAUCUGUGCAUUUUGGUUUUUAACGUGGAUUUUGAUUUACUAUAGAAGAUUUUUAUCCUGAAUUGAGCUGGAGUCGCUACCUGCUGUAGGUGUUCCCAGCUUGCCUGAAUCUGUCCUUUUUCCCGUCGGCCUGCUGCCAGCUCUAAACCCAGAAUGUGGCACCAAAUGCUAAAACACGUGAUUUUAUAAAAACUCUAUUCCUGUGUGGAAAUUCUCUGUACUGUAUUGCACAUGGAAAUUAAAAACUUCUUUCUCACAGGUGGCACAAAAAUCCUCACGUGCCAGAAAUACCACUUCUGACCACAUGGGGGCGCACAGACCCGCUGGGCCACUGACGAUACGUGUUCAUGAAUGGAGCUGGUCUGGAACAUAGACAUAUAUACGUAU